AUGCCGGUUCGUAGAUACGCAUUUGGGAGAGUUGAAGAGGUGACUCAUCCUGAUUCAAUCAGAGCCACCUUAGCCGAAUUCCUCUCCACUUUGGUUUUUGUUUUUGCUGGCGAAGGCUCUGUCCUCGCUCUUGAUAAGUUGUAUAGAGAAACGGGUGGAGAUGUGAGUAGAGAUCCUUCAGGGCUUGUGUUGAUAGCUCUUGCACAUGCUUUAUCUCUUUUCUCUGCAGUUUCGGCGAGUAUCAACAUAUCUGGCGGCCAUGUCAAUCCUGCUGUCACCUUCGGUGCUCUUCUCGGAGGAAGAAUCUCCGUCCUCCGCGCCUUCUACUACUGGCUUGCUCAGCUACUCGGGGCAAUCGUCGCUUGUCUCCUCCUACGGCUCGUCACUGCUGGCAUGAGACCAGUGGGGUUCCGAGUGGCAUCCGGGGUUGGCGAGCUAAAUGGGCUGGUUCUAGAGAUGGUGCUGACUUUCGGUUUAAUGUACACGGUGUAUGCAACUACAAUCGAUCCAAAAAGAGGAAGCAUAGGGAUAAUAGGACCACUUGCAAUCGGACUGAUUGUGGGUGGUAACAUCUUGGUGGGAGGUCCAUUCGAUGGUGGCUCUAUGAACCCAGCAAGGGCGUUUGGGCCGGCAUUGGUGGGAUGGAGGUGGCGGAAUCAUUGGAUCUACUGGGUUGGUCCGUUUGUGGGUGGAGGGUUAGCUGCUCUGGUGUACGAGUUCAUGGUCAUACCGUCGACGACUGAGCCACCACUUAUCACCGGUCACCAGCCCUUGGCUCCUGAGGAUUACUAG